ACUCACGUGACUUGCACUGUAUACUGUCGCCUUGGUUGCAAAGAUGGCGGAUUAUCCGAAAUAAUUCAUGUCCCGAAGAGUGGUUUAUUUUCAGUUCGCACUCAAAGCUUCUCCUAGCAGCUGACGUUCAAGAUUUUGGAGCCUGGUAUCUUUUAACAUACGGGCUUUCAACACAAAUUAAAUUUGGGGCUGUUUUCUGAAAUUUUGCUGAGAAAAUGCCGGUUUUUAUACGGAAGGGCGGGUUGGAUAUCCCCCCUCCCUCCCUCAGCUCCAGGGACAGUGAUGAAGAAGAGUUCCUGACGGACCCCGAGCAGUUGUACGACCCGUUACCGCAGCCCUUCCGCAUGAUAGACAAGGUGCUGUUCCAACUACUGGAGGAUGUGUGGGACAUCGUCAGUGAGCGUGAGGAGGCACGCAUGCAGGACGGCAGCAGGGUUCGACCUCCGCUGUACGAGUGUCCUGUCCAGAUGCAGGAGCACGGUAAGACCCACUGCAUGGCCCACAGUGUGGAUGGACGGUACAUCUUUGUUGGCCUGCCGACCGGCCUGGCAGCCUUCGAUGCUGUAAGUCAGGUGACCCUGGCUGUGUGGGAGGAGACUGUAGAGGUCACCAGUCUGAAGGUCAGCCUGGUAGGGGUGCAGAUGUACCUGCUGUCCACUGUGGAUGACAUGGGUGCCUCCCGUCUGCUGCUGUUCUCUAACGAGAGGUUCUACUUCAUCAAGCAGCUCAACGAGCAGGAGGGCACUAUUACAGUGAAGAGUGAGCUGUCAACUGAAGGAGACUACGUGGGAGUUGCCCUUGAGAACAAGGAGAAAGAUGUGUGGUUGGAGGUUCACCGUCUGCCGAGGGACAGCUGGCUGAGAGAGUUGGAGCAGGCUCAGGCACAGGCACUCAAGGCUGCUUAUGCUGCUUCUCUGGACCAGUCCACAUACGGAGAAGCAGCCCCUGAGACAUCUGAAGGGCAGGUUACCGAGGGGGAGGAGGGCAGGAAGAGUGGUGCAGGAACCCCCACCUCCGAGGUACCCAGGCAGACCCCGUCCGUAGGGCAGGGCAGCAUGCUGGCAGGGCCCGACAUCAAGUUCUCUCCAACCCAGAUGGUUCUCAGAGUACGCCCACCUACCGAACUGACAGGCAGCAGUGCUAAGAGUGCGUACGACGCGUACAAGGCUGUGGACAUGGGUGACGUGAUCGGUACGGGAGGUAACCACGUGCUGCUGGCGGAACAUCUGAACCAGAGGAAGACCGUCUUCAACGUCGUGCACGAACAACAGGUGCGCCAUUUGCCGCAGGAGGAGGAGGAUGUCAGUAGGACUCCAACCUUCCACUUCCUGCUAGGAGGACAGAUGCUGCCUGCAGGCCUGGAUAACCUGGCUCAGGCUGGACAGGUCAACUCCCUGUGUGUCCGCUGGAGCGGCUCCAACAACCUGGCUCUCUACUCACUCCUCAAGACUGGCAAAGACAUUGAGCACAAGCCAGACCUGGUAUGGCCCAACACCUGCACCAUCACGGCCAGUGCUGUCAGCUCAGACACAUCCCUGGUGGCUUUGGGACUGGUGGACGGCUCCCUCACAGUUUGGGACAAAUAUCUAGGUUUGCAGAGGUGUGUGAAGAAACUGAAGACCCAGGCCAGCGUGACCUACCUGAGCUUCCUGAACCCAGCCGUGCUGCCCAACAAGCCCCCCUCCCACCCUCCUUACGACACACCUACCUCAGCAGCGGUCAUGGCAGGCUGCAGUGAUGGAGCGCUGUUUGUGGUCAGGUGUGGGCAUGGGGAGGAAGACAUGGAACCUGUCACUAUACUAGACAGCUCCAGCACUGACACGGAAAGGUUCACCACAGUACAGGUUAUCCCUGCCAUCCCACAGGUGGUGCUGUGUGUUCGUAGGAAUGGGCAGAUGCUGAUGUACGAUGUACUGAAGAACCACGUGUUGUGUGAGAUCGGCCUCCCUUCCACCCACUACCUGUCCUCCCCCUGGGAGCCAUGCUGUACAUUUGGGGCAGACGGGCAGAUGUUCUAUGCCAAAGGUUCCCUGCUGGAUGCAGGUGAGGAGUACGUCCCUGGGAGUGGCAGCAGCUCCAUGUUCGUGUACCAGCUCCGCUCCUUCCCCACGCUCGACAGCUAUUGGAGGAGACAGUCAGAGCCCCGCCCUUUCAUCACACAUGUCCCUGUCAAUAAAAGAUGUGAUGCCCUGUUGCGAGACCGUUUAUCCCGACAGAAGGACCGCAUUGCGAGGAUGCAGGAGCGCUGGAACGACCUGCGGGCAGAGAUCGAUGUCGUGCAGAGGUUCCGCGAUGCAGGGCAGACUAGGCAGAGGGUGAAGGUGGCCUUCGCAUCACGAUCAUGAACUUUUAUGACACAGCAGCUGAUUACAUCUAAUAAUACAUGUACAGGAUUAGAUUAUACUUAUCAUAAGCGUAUUGCAACUGGGAUAAUCUUUACACUGGUAUGUGCCCACUGAUUUUUGCUGUGUUGUUUAUGAAUGCUCUACAAAUAAGGACUCUUCCAUUGAGCAACCAUUUUGUUGCCAGAGCUGUAAAGGUUUGUAAAUAAUGUUUGCUUACGCAUUUGCGUUUCAGGGGGCACUGUGAUGGCCUAAUGUUUGUACCAUAUUUGUGAAUGUAAUGGUAUCAAAUAAAAAAGUCUUUAUCUUGAAUGAUGCAAAGUACUGUUAUUGUAUAUAUGUAUAAUGCUUGGUUCAUGAGUUUUUUUUAUAAUGUUGGUAGUUUGAAAUAAAUUAAAGGCAUAAUGUUCUGAAGCAAGGUUACUUUGUUCUGUCUGUAAUUUAAGCUACAUAAAAAAGGUACAACAGAAUGCAGUGUAAUCUUGUAUGUAGUUGCCAGACAGCCUAAGGUACAGUAUGUAUGCUGCAUGCUACCUACUAAUCUGCAUGUUUUAGUCUGAAAGCAGGAGUGCUUUGGUUGGCUUGAUGUCUGCUAUGGUUGACAUGGGAGAGUUGUGAUGAAGCCUGGGGGUCAUCAGCAUUAACAUGUAGGACAGGGACAGGAAGGAGGAAGUGGGGCGGAAAAUAGUAGGAAAGAAGGGUCCAGUCUGGUGCUUUUGUGCUAAUGUAACUAGAUUUUUAAGUUGUCAUACAAUUUACGAGUAAAUUGCCAUUAGGAAUUUUCACCUUAUAAUGUAUUGUAAUGUGGAUAUUAGACACAGUAGAUACAUAAAACAUCCCAAUGCCCCGAUGGAUUAAAAAAGGCUAUUGGACUACCUUUGCAUUUUGCACUCGUAGAGGAUGAGAGAUGAUACUCAGUUGUAUUUGAGACUAUAGCAGGACGUUGUGAAUGAGCCCGUAGAGUUUGAUGACAUGGAAAGGAAGGAGUUUUGGGGCUGUGAGAAUUCGACAAAGGUUACAAACAUUCCACUGGCACCACCUAGGCACCACCCAUGCCGUACUCUCUGUUUGACAGAUUUAGGUCAAGUGCUUUUGUUUGUCUUAGCAAUAUCUAAUAUAACUCUUAUCUUAAGUAAAGAAAGACGUUUGUCAGUUAAAAGACUCAUGAUGCAAAUACUCCCUUAACACCCAAUAAAGACCGUUCUACUUA